UGCAUGUUUUUAAGUUGCAAGUGUAAUGGAAAGAAAGCGUAUUGCACUUUUUUGCCCUCAUCAGCCUGUUGUCAAAUAAGAUCGUUUUGGAUUUCAACAAAACAACUCUUAAAUGUUAUUCUUCAAAAGCUGUUUUGUUUAAGUGGCAUUAAUGCAGUUCAAUAAUAAUCCUAUAUGUAAAAAUACUGAAUGAACAAAAUAUCUGUUAACAUGUUCCAUGUGUUCUAAAAUACUCCAAAUGACAACAAAACUCAUAAUGUUUCAAUUUAAAAAAAAUUUACAUUCAGUGAAAACAACUUUUUGUUAUGAGAGUCAUUGUUUUGGCACAAAAUUACACCUAGUGGAUAAGAUGAAGCAUUGCAGAAAACAUAAAGUAAUAUACUGUGCUGUUUUGUCGUUAUCUAGGGUAUAUAGGAAAUGAUAAAUGUUUGCAACUAUAGGGGUUUCCCCUCCACCCUCUGGAAUUUGGAAUGGCUUAUAUAAUGUCUCUCCACUCCUCCACUCCAAUGUUCACAUUUCCCAGUCCUGAACAAAUACUCGGUCUGCACACUCACAGAGAAUCCUGCAUCUUCUUUAACAUCAUGAUCCUAAACGUCAUUUACGACAGCCUUGACUUUAAGAGCUGGAUGAUUUUGAUUUUUGUUUUACUGAUUCUGUAUGAUGUCUUCAAAAAUAAGAAUCCAUCUAAUUUCCCCCCGGGACCCUUGUCUUUACCAUUUCUGGGAACUAUCUUUACUGAGAUGGAUUUUAAGACCAUGGAUAAGUUGACUGAAGUCUACGGGAAUGUAUUCGGUUUGAGAGUGGGCAGUCAGAAACUGGUAGUCAUUUCUGGUUAUAAACUGGUAAAGGAGGCCCUGAUUGAACAUGAUGGCUUUGUUGACCGUCCAGCUGUUCCAAUAUUUCACAAAACAUUUAAGGGAUUAGGCAUAACUAUGAGCAAUGGAUAUCUGUGGCGUAUGCAUAGGAAGUUUGCUCUCUUUCAUUUGAGGAACUUUGGAGAUGGAAAAAAAAACCUUGAGCUUGGGAUCCUGCAAGAGUGUGUUUACCUUUGUGAAGCCUUCAAGUCAGAAAAGGAACCAUUCAAUCCCCAGGUCAUAUUAAACAGCGCUAUCUCAAAUAUUAUUGCCUGCUUGGUGUUUGGAAAACGCUUCGACUAUCACGAUGAAAAUUACCAAACCUUUCUGCGCCUUGACACUGAAUGUGUUCAGCUAGCCGGCUUAACUAGGACACAGUUGUACAAUGUGUGUCCUUGGCUUUUUGAAUACAUACCUGGCCCUCACCAAAAAAUUUUUGCCAACUAUAAGAAGAUAACAGAUUUCCUGAGGGGAGAGAUUAAAAAACACAGAGAGGACUGGGACCCUUUAAACCCUCGUGACUUUAUAGACAGCUACCUGGCAGAGAUGGAGAAGAAAAAGAGUGACCCUGAAGCUGGCUUUAAUAUGGAAAGUUUAGUGGUGUCUUGCCUUGACCUGGUUGAAGCUGGAACAGAGACGGCAACAACAACAUUACGCUGGGGUUUGCUCUUUAUGAUAAAGUUUCCAGAAAUACAGGUAAAGGUCCAAGAAGAGAUAGAUCGAGUCAUUGGGCAGAUUCGUCAACCCAGCUUGGCUGACAAAGUUAACAUGCCUUAUACUGAAGCUGUACUCAAUGAGAUACAGAGAUUUGGUAAUGCCGUGCCACUGGGAUUCCCAAAACAAGCUACUAGAGACACUAUGAUAGGAAAAUACUUAAUUCCAAAGGGCACCGACGUUACAACAAACCUGUCUUCAGUUCUGAAUGAUCCAGAUGAAUGGGAAACACCUCAGACCUUUAACCCUCAACACUUUCUGGAUGAUAAGGGCAAGCUUCGAAAGAAAGAUGCCUUCAUACCAUUUUCAACAGGUAAGAGAUCAUGUGUGGGAGAGCAGCUGGCUCGUAUGGAGCUUUUUCUGUUCUUCACCUCCAUACUGCAGCGGUUUACCAUCUCUAAAUGUCCUGGAGAGGAGCCCAGUUUGGAAGGGGAGAUAUGGUUCACAUACGCUCCUUCUAACUUCCGCAUUUGUGUGACCUCACGUUAGACUCAACGUGAGAGUGAAACACUUUUGGUUGGUAGAUAUAUCAUGAGGAAAAGAACAUCGUAUUAUUGCAUAUUUUACUGUUUUAUAUCAUUUCUGUGUUAUGUAUUCUGUAAAGCUACAUUGUAGCAAUCUACAUUGUGGAAAGCACUACACAAAUAAAAAGUAUUUGAUUGAU